AUGGAGUCGGCGCGGGAGUCACUCCUCCUGACGGAAACAAAACGACUCCUAACGGCUCUUAACGAUGAGAACAGAGAACUGAAAACAGAAAUCACUCGACUCAUCUCGCAGUGUAGUGCCGCUACAGAACGAGUAAUGUGCGUUACACGAGAUAAAGAGUCACUAGAGAAAGAUUUAAAACAAAUAAACUUCAAUCUCAUGCAGCAACUUCGGGUAAAGAUGAACACACUUAAAGAAAAGGAACACCAGGUACUACAACUGCAGGAACAGGUAACCAAACUGGAAUCUCAACUACAGGAGUUACGUCUAAAAUUAGAAUCCACCGCGAAGGAAAAUGAAAUGCGGCGAGAACAGACCACCGCAUUAGAGGCUCGAUUACAUCAACAAACCGAACGACUCUUCCGUGCAGAAGCGGUGGCUGGUAAAUACGCAGAUGAUCUCAACAGUACUAUGAGUGAAUACCGUGAAAGUACGGCAAAGAUGCAACGAGCAAGUCAAGAACGAGUUAAACAACUGGAGGAGGAACUUCGGGCAAGUCGAAAUAGAGAAGUGAGUUUAGAACGUGUGGUGGAUGAACUUCGCUAUGAACUCAGUCGGGCGAAAGAAGCACUACGGCAGAGUAAUAGCAACAACAAUAAUAAUAAUAAUCAUAAUAAUACUAAUAAUAUGAAUAUGAAUAAUGUGGAAGGACGACGACGAGCCCUCUCUACCAGAUCUGAAGCCCUUUAUGCGCAUGAGCAGAUCUUAACAUCCUGUUCCUCUUCUUAUCAACAAUUGCGGGAAUUACAACAAAAACUCCGGUCUUUGGAAUCUCUCUUGUCGGAAAAUACAAUGUACAUGGAACAGACAUUUCCCGCACGAGAGGCUCAAUUGCGAGAGGAGGUGGAACGUUUUACCCACACAGAUGAGGCCCUCGUCGCCUUUCUCUGUCAAGGUAUUACCGAAAAGGAACAACAACUACAAAAGACACAAGAGAAACUGGCCCACACAGAAAGAUAUCUUGAACAAGUGGAAGAAGCUCAUGAAGAGAAAUUAGAAGCCGAACGACGGGAACACAAAGAGGCCUGUAAUGGAUUACAAAAACAAGUUUCAGGAUUACAACAACAAUUACAAAUACGUGAGGAUACAGAACAGAAACUUCGUACGGAAUUAAAAGAUUGUCAACGUUCAUUGGAUGCGGAACGAGAACAGACAGAAGCGGUACGACGUUCUUAUGAAAAAGAUGUGGAACGAUUAGAUGGACAAUUACAAGAAUUUACAACCAUCGUCUCUCACGCCUUACACAAGUUGGAACCAUCCGUUCAGGCGCAUUCCCAACAACGACAACAACAACAACAUAGUAGUAAGACACCACUCUCAUCCUUUUCAUUAAAUUCCGUAACGGUAAAACCAUCCUUAUCUGCUUUCGCAGGCACAACAAGUAUGGAAUGUGAUGAUAGUGGCAUUGGAAGAGGAGGAAGUAAAAGUAAUAGUAGAGAUAGAGGUAUUGGUGGUUUUAUGACUCUCUCCAAUACAACGGAAUUGGGGCAUGAAGGGGGAAUGUCACCAUCUGUGGUGCGAAUAGAACCUUUACCUUCAGCACCUUAA